UUCUUCCGUUUUAUUCCAGACUUACAAGCUUCGCUCUCCUCCGCUCCGAUCAUAUCCACCCACCAACCCAGCCGUAUGAACAAAAUCCUCCACGGGCGUCGCUGCCUCGCUGGCUUCAAGUACGCCCGAAUCCCCUCCCACGUUCCGGACCGGUUCUAGAAAAUUUUCCUCGGUUCCAGAAAUUUCUGGCGUAUUUCGGUCCGGCGGUUGCACCGCUCCGCUGCUCCUAGGUUUGAUUUUGGAGCGGGAGCUUGCAUCUCCGUGGAUAAAGAUUGGAUUUUGAGCGGAUUUGGGGGGGCGUUUCUGCCUGAUUAAGGGCCCGGGGUUGGAUUUUGGGGUAGGAGAUUUUUGGUGGCCUAUUCAGAUUCGGCAGGAGCGAAGAUGACGAUCGACAUGUCCAUGCCCGGGAGCUCCGGGCUUCUGAACGCCGCGGGGAAGAGGAACAUGAAGUUCUUCAGCAACAGCUACGUGCUCGCGCUCACGGGCGCCGCAGGAAUCGGCGGAUUCCUCUUCGGCUACGACACAGGUGUCAUAUCUGGAGCCCUUUUGUAUAUCCGUGAUGAAUUUCCAGCUGUCAGAGACAAUUACUUCCUGCAGGAAACUAUUGUUAGCUUGGCAUUAGUCGGGGCCAUGCUUGGAGCAGCUGGGGGUGGUUGGAUAAAUGAUGCAUAUGGUCGCAAGAAGUCUACUCUUCUUGCUGACUUGAUGUUUGCUCUUGGCUCAAUUGUCAUGUGUGCUGCUCCUGGCCCUUACGUUCUGAUUCUCGGAAGGCUGUUCGUUGGUUUGGGCGUGGGUAUAGCAUCGGUCACGGCACCAGUAUACAUUGCUGAAGCUGCUCCAUCAGAAAUUAGGGGAGGCUUGGUGUCAACUAAUGUACUCAUGAUUACUGGUGGCCAAUUCUUCUCCUACCUUAUCAAUCUUGGGUUUACUGAGGUUCCUGGAACAUGGCGCUGGAUGCUUGGAGUUGCUGCUGUGCCUGCCAUUGUGCAGUUUGUUCUGAUGCUUUUUCUGCCAGAAUCUCCCCGUUGGCUUUACUGGAAGGAUAAGAAGGCACAAGCUAUUGCUGUCCUCGAGAAGAUUUACGACUCUGAUCGUUUGGAGGAAGAACUAGAGCUGCUUGCUUCAUCUUCCAUGCAUGAAUUCCAGUCUGACAAUACUGCAAGCUAUUUGGACGUCUUCAAGUCAAAGGAAUUAAGGCUAGCGUUUUUUGCUGGAGCUGGUUUUCAGGCCUUCCAACAAUUCACUGGGAUCAACACCGUCAUGUAUUACAGCCCCACUAUAGUCCAGAUGGCUGGUUUCACUUCCAACAAGUUGGCCUUGCUCCUUUCCCUCAUCGUCGCUGCGAUGAACGCUGCUGGAACCAUUGUUGGAAUCUACCUUAUCGACCGUUGUGGCCGCCGCCGCCUGGCCCUUACAAGCUUGUCCGGGGUUGUGAUCUCCCUUGUCAUCCUUGCCAUGGCCUUCAUACUGCAGUCAUCAUCCAGCCUCUGCAUGGCUGCCGCUAAUGGCACCUGCCAAGGCAUACUAGGCUGGUUCGCGGUGGCAGGCCUCGCCCUGUACAUUGCCGCCUUCUCUCCAGGCAUGGGCCCGGUCCCGUGGGCUGUGAACUCUGAGAUCUACCCCGAGGCGUACCGUGGAAUGUGCGGGGGCAUGUCGGCCACCGUCAACUGGAUCUCCAACCUCAUCGUGGCGCAGACGUUCCUCUCGAUCGUGGGGCUGGUCGGGACUGGCGUCACCUUCCUGAUCAUCGCCGGAAUCGGGGUGCUGGCCUUCAUCUUCGUGGCCCUGUAUGUGCCGGAGACGAAGGGUCUGAGCUUCGAGCAGGUGGAGCAGCUCUGGAAGGAGAGAGCAUGGGGAAGCCAUGGCGAUUGCCAGAGCCUUUUGGGUGCUGCGCCCUAGGCUGUACAUUUCAGCAAAGAUCAAGCAUGGAAGCAACGGCGGUGACAGUUUUAAGAUAGCCCUGUUGCGCUCCGUCUGGGUAGGAAGGAAGUUCAUAAGGAGCUGGAUGAAGAUCCAAACUGUUCUAUGUUGUGGACUGUGGUCCCUAGAUUGCUGUUCUGUUUUCUGAUUGUAUGUAAUAGCCUCAGUGGAAAAAUGUUCAGUGCGGGUAAAGGAUCAGAUCGUCCCCGUGACGUCGAUUGUGCUUGGAGGCAUGUAGACCCAGAGUUGGGUCAUAUCUGUACAGUUUUCGGCGCCCCCGAUGUGACGGAGAGAACAAAAUUGAAUUGUUUCUGUGGAAAUGGAGAAAAAGUUGCAUUAUCAUGUA